GCUCCGAAAUGCAGCUAGAAUAGACCCAUACAGUGGAGGAAUAUGGAAAAGAAAGGAGGCGGCAAGGAUGUGAGUGGAGAAAAAAGAUUUCCUACCGAGAAAAAACCAGUCAGAGAUUCUAAGUUCAAUGUUUACCUAGUCUUUAAAUCAGCCGUCUUGAUCCAAAGGUGGUAUCGACGCUACGUGGCCCGGCUUGAAAUGCGGCGACGAUGUACGUGGCGCAUCUUUCAAUCCAUCGAGUAUUCGGGAGAACAGGAUCAUCUCAAGCUCAACAGCUUCUUUGACUACCUCAUGACACACUUCACACCAAGGAGCAACACAGACAAAGAAUUCCUUUCUCGCAUAUUAUCGGAGCCUGAAAACAUAAAUGAGAGCAAGAUAAUAGAAGGAGAGUAUGCCUACCAAACGGUCGUAGUACCGAAUAACUACAUGGGGCCCCGUCUUUCCUUCCCGCUCUUCCCUGAUGAUGCCACUGCCUUACUGGAAGCAUUCAAACAGAAAAAACAGCUUCACGCUCACUAUGUUCUAAGACUCUUCCAUGAAGCCCGGAAGCAUCUGUCCCAGCUGCCAAACAUUACCAACGUCUCUACCUGUUACUAUGAGGAGAUCACUAUUUGUGGAGACUUACAUGGCCAAUUGGUGGAUUUGUUUCUGAUAUUUUACAAGAAUGGCCUUCCCUCUCCACAGAAGGCAUAUGUCUUCAACGGCGACUUUGUGGACAGAGGCAAAUAUUCCAUGGAGAUUCUGAUCAUACUCUUUGUCUUCCUCCUGAUUUAUCCCAAGGAGGUCCAUCUAAAUCGAGGAAACCACGAGGACUAUAUAGUCAACUUACGCUAUGGUCUCAACAAGGAGAUUGCACGCAAAUAUAAGGAGCAUAGUGGUAAAAUUCUGAAACUUCUUCAAAAUGUCUUCAGCUGCCUGCCGUUGGCUACCUUGGUUGACCAGAAGGUCUUGAUUGUACAUGGAGGAAUUUCAGACACAACUGAUCUGGAUCGGCUGGCCAAGAUUGACAGGCGUCAGAUUCUGUCUGUAUUGUCUCAGAAGAGAAAAAUAACAAGAUCUUUUGAACCGAGUGAAUUUGAAAGUGCCAAAUUGUUCCGGGAUGGUCCCCCAAAGCCCACUGAUUCUCUGAGUAAAUCUGAAGUUACCAAGAGGGUCCAGGAGGAAUAUGAGACGUGUCGCACAAGGGCAGGGAGCUCCGAGUACACAGAAAGUAGGGCUUCUGCCACCUCUUUCCCCUCUGGGUCAGACAUGACCCUUGCUUCAACCGAAUCAACAUUCGUUGACGAUGCCGAAAUCCAACAGGUUUUGGACAUUUUGUGGAGCGACCCCAUCCCUCAAGACGGCUGUAAAGUGAAUGAAGACAGAGGAGGUGGCUGUUACUUUGGCCCCAAUGUGACACGAGCAUUCCUGCAGAAGUACAACCUACAGUUCAUCAUCCGUUCCCACGAGUGUAAGCCGGACGGCUAUGACAUCUGCCACGACCGAAAGGUCAUCACUGUUUUUUCAGCCUCGAACUACUACACAAUGGGCAGUAACCGGGGAGCCUACGUCAAAAUGGGACGUGAUUUGAUUCCCCACUUCAUCCAGUACCAAGCCGGCAAAUCAGCACGUAGACUGACCAUGACUCAAAGGAUCAGCCGAGUGGAAGUGUCAGCAUACCAGGUGUUAAAGGAGAAGCUGUUUGCUCACAGGUCCGACCUCACCACUGCAUUCAGGCGCUAUGAUAAGAAGAACACAGGCCUGAUCACAUUAAACGAAUGGGCAAAUGCUGUAGAGUCUGUCCUUCAGCUGGGGCUUCCGUGGCGGAUGCUGAGGCCGCAGCUGGUGCCGCACCUGACCAGUGGGAAGCUGGAGUACAAGUCGUGGCUUAAGGACAUUGUGACGGAGCAGCGGUCAGCAGUCCAGGAGCGGCUACAGUCAAGUUUGCUGGAAAACAUUUACCGAAACCUCUCCAGCCUGGAAACUAUCUUCAAUAUCAUCGACACUGAUCAUUCAGGGCUUAUUUCUCUUGAGGAAUUUCACCAGACCUGGAAGCUGUUUAGUGACCAUAUGAAUAUUAAUAUCUCAGACGAAAGCAUCAGUGACUUGGCCCGCAGCAUCGACUUCAACAAAGAUGGAAAUAUAGAUUUCAACGAGUUCAUUGAGGCAUUCCGUCUAGUCAGUCAGUCACCUCCAUGAGGAAACUGGAAGAACAAGCUGGCGGGGCUUCUAAACCCAAAACAGUAUUUCUAACUUAUCAAUGUGCCUCAGAAUCAAACAAAAAGGAUGGGCUACUGAACAUAAAGUUUAGUGUUCUUAAAAGUAAUCCAUUGUGGCUACAGACAUACUCAUAUGAUAAGGACUAGGACAGGAAGUGGAAAACCUGAUUCCAUCUCAGUGUUGGAUUUGUUUGAAAGAAUGCAAAGCUUUCAGACUUGUGUUAUAUUUCCAUGGCGAAAGAAAACCCAGACUUUAAAAAUAUAUAAGCUUUUCAUAUUUGUAGACCAUCUUUUUUUCUAGUCUCUACACCAGCUAAAGAAGAGCUUUCCAAACAUUUUAUGUUGGUGAGACAUGUUUUAGACCCUCAUCAUUUUACGACAGUCAUUCGGUUUUAAUAGCAAACCAGAAGUUAAACCAACCCCUUAAAAGAAAUACAGGCAUAUAUAUAAAUUGUAAUAAGGAAAUGUAUGAGGACACAACAUCUCUCAUGAAAACCUUUUAUAUGUUUUAAAACAUAUAAAACAUAUGGUUUGUAAGAUAACAUACAUUUCCAAGAUGUUUGUACUUUCCUGUUACGUCCACAUGACACACACACUGCAGCCGACAUGCUAACGUGUGGCGAUACACAGUUUGGAAAGAUGAGCUAUAUUUGACCAAGACAAUAUUUUAACUUGAAUUGGCAAGUUGAAGAUUUUGAAACUUCUGGCAAUUUUCAAGGAAUAGCAAAAAUAAAGGUGCUAAUGCAGCAUUAAUUUAAAACAUUCUGAUCAUAAAGCACUCAUAAUGGAGCACAUUCAAGUUUGACAUCCUGUUGAUGAUCUACAUGGACAGACACAACUACUGCAGAAGCUGUUGGACAUUUUUGUCCACGGUAUAAUAGUUGCACUGUUUAAAGCUGCAAAACGUACAUACGGUAAAUCGUGCUUUUGAGCUCGAUUUUUAAAAAAUGUAAAUAUUUGUAAUUUUAAAAGGUGGCAACUGCUCCAUUAUGUAUGGGGCCUAAUUUGGGGGGUGGGGGGUUGGGAGGUGGAGGCAGAUCAAGUUUUUUUUUAUUUUUGUACGAUGAAUAAAACCAAAGCAUAAAUAAAAAUGCGAGAUGCAAAGAAUGACGCUGGGAGGUAUUCACCCUAUUCAAUUCCAAACUAAGCUGGUGAUAUUUCUGGUUUUGGGAAGGCUUUGGCGUCCUUAUUGCCUGCUCUCUUCUUCAGCUGCAGGAUUCAUGAAAUCAGGUCUUGACUCCGCAGGUGUCACUGUCACAGCUUCUUUUAUAAUAAACUAGUGGAUGUACCUGG